AUGGAGUGUAGAGGGCUCUGGAACCUACACAUCAAUGGGAAAUGGUACCGCUUCCAUCGCCCUCGAGGGCGGAUGAGUCCCCCUGACGAUGAGUCGAUAUUGCGAACAAUCAAAUAUUUGCGCGACAAGCCCGACAAUCUUGAAGGAUGGGAACCAGUCCCGUUUCCUAGCCCAAUUCACUCGAAUCUAGAUUAUGUACACACUGUCGAUCUAGAUGCAGGUACUUUCACAAUCUCAUUAUGGGGUGAGCUUGAUGGAUUAUUGACACCUUCGGAAACGCGGAUGGAUCUCGCCAAGAUCCAUGAUACAUCUAGCAUAAACUAUCAUGUGGUGCGGAAACCUCAAUAUAUGUUCAGUGAAUAUAUUUGUGAGAGCAAUAAGACGCAAGCAAAGCAAUUCAAGACGUUUGAAAUGGACUUUGGCAUCCCUACACCUAUGAACGAACUACCGGGGGUGGUUCUUUACCGACCUCUUUUUCGUUUGGCGCUUUCUUGUCGAUGA